GAUGCUAAAUAAUCAGUGAAGAACAAAAACUACGAAUGAAAAGUGAUUUCGGAGAGAAAAAUUGAAGCCUUUUCAUGUGAUUUUGUGAAUUUGUGUUUGUGCAAAAUUCAUUGUAGACUGUGUUUGUAUAAUAUUUUUGGAGCAAAGUUCCCAAAAAAACGUACCGCUUGGUAGUAAUAUGAGUAAUGUUACCAACCAAAAUGGAACAGGUCUAGAGCAGCAGCUUGCUGGUCUGGACUUGCAGCCUCAGGCUAAUAAGAGUGCUGGCCGCUACAUCCCCCCGCAUCUGCGCAGGCAGUUGCAGGCCAACCCUUCACAAGGGGAAGAGUCUAAGCGCCCAAGCUUAGACGCCCGUUCAAACGAUCAACGGGACGGCCGUUCAUCAUUCGGAGGCAACUCUAGAACCUACGACCGUGGUGGUCGGCGCGACGACCGCGACCGUGACCGCGAACGUGAAUACGAUCGCGGCAACGACUCGCGAUACCCGCGCAGGGACCGCGGUCGUGAUUCAGGAUAUCAAAAUGGCGACUCAGAGCCUCAGCGCUGGUCGGAGUCGUCUGAGCGCUGGGGAGCGUCGGGCGGCGGGCGCGCGGCCAGCGGCGCGGGCGGCGCCAGCAGCCGCGACGUGCGCGAGUUCAACGAGCCGCCGCCGCCGCGCAACGACCGCUGGAAGGAGCCCGAGCCGCGCGCUGAGGAGCGCAGCAACUCGCGCUGGCACUCCGAUGAUGUACGCCUCACGAGCAACCGCAGGGACGAGGUUGGACAUGAAAGCAAUUCAAAUGAUUGGACGAUCCCGCUACCUCGCGACGAGCGGCAGGAGUUGGAGCUGUUUGGCACUGGCAACACAGGAAUUAAUUUCUCCAAAUACGAGGAUAUUCCCGUUGAGGCCAGCGGCGAUCGCGUCCCAGACUUCAUUACCAGCUUUGAGGAUGUUAACCUGACGGAAAUAAUGCGCCAGAAUAUAGCCUCCGCUCGCUACGACAAGCCGACGCCGGUCCAGAAGUAUGCAAUCCCGAUAGUCCUGGGCAGAAGAGAUGUCAUGGCGUGCGCACAGACUGGUUCAGGCAAGACGGCCGCAUUCCUUGUGCCCAUCCUCAAUCAGAUGUACGAAGCUGGGCCUGUCAAACAUAUGGGACCGCACAUUCGGCGCAAGCAAUACCCUCUGGGUUUGGUGUUGGCCCCGACGCGCGAGCUCGCUACACAGAUUUUUGAUGAGGCUAGAAAAUUCGCCUACCGCUCCCGUGUGCGACCAUGUGUCGUGUACGGCGGUUCCCCGAUACACGAACAGUUCCGCGAGCUGGAGCGCGGCUGCCACCUGCUGGUGGCGACGCCGGGCCGGCUGGUGGACAUGCUGGCCCGCGGCCGCGUGGCGCUGGACCACUGCCGGCACCUCGUGCUCGACGAGGCCGACAGAAUGCUUGACAUGGGUUUCGAACCCCAGAUCCGCAAGAUCGUCGAGAGCCACACGAUGCCAAAGACUGGCGAGCGCCAGACGCUCAUGUUCUCUGCGACUUUCCCAAAACAAAUCCAGGUGUUAGCACAGGAUUUCUUGUAUAAUUACGUUUUCCUUGCUGUUGGACGCGUUGGUUCCACAUCCGAGAAUAUCACACAGAAGGUGGUAUGGGUGGAGGAAAUGGACAAGCGUUCUUUCUUGUUGGACUUGCUGAAUGCUUCCAACUUGCUGCAGCGUGCGCGCCCUGAAGAGGAUCAGCUUAUUCUUGUGUUCGUCGAAACCAAGAAAGGUGCUGAUCAACUGGAAGAGUACUUGGAUAAUCUUGGAUACCCAGUGACGUCUAUCCACGGUGACCGGACACAGCGCGAGCGCGAGGAGGCUCUGCGCCGGUUCCGCUCCGGACAGACCCCGAUCCUUGUGGCUACAGCCGUCGCGGCCAGAGGUCUGGACAUACCGCACGUGCGUCACGUGAUUAACUUUGAUUUGCCGUCGGACGUUGAGGAGUACGUGCACCGCAUCGGUCGUACCGGCCGUAUGGGCAACCUGGGCGUCGCCACGUCCUUCUUCAACGACACCAACCGCGGCCUCGCGCGGGACCUCGUGGAGCUCCUCGUUGAGGCCAAGCAAGAUGUGCCUAACUGGCUGACGAGCACGGCAGCAGACGGGCGGCUGGGCGGCGGUGGCCGGCGCACCGGCAGUCGGUCGGGCGGCGGACGGUUCGGAGGCAGCGGCAGCGGGUUUGGCGCGAGGGACUUCCGUACACAGCCACGCCAGACUCCACGGUCCGCAGGGCCCUCUACUAUUGGCUCUGGAUUCGGGUACGGCGGCGGGUCGUACGGCGGCAACUACGGCGGGUCGUACGGCGGCGGCGGCGGCGGCAGCAGCGGCGGCCCCGACUGGUGGGACUCGUAAGCGUCCCCACGCACCGCCCGCAGACCUCGCACCGCACGCGACCCCCGUACUCGACCCCCUCAUUCGUAACUUAAGCGAUGUGAAACGUUCUAGAUUAAUAUAUUUUAUUUUAAUUCGUAAACUGAUAGUUGGACUGAAAUUGACCUGUGACUAUUUAAUACGGUAAUGUUUGUACAAUAGAAGAGAGCGGUGCGACAGAGAGGUGUCGGCGCGGCCGGCCGCGGGCGCUGAAUCUCAGGUGCAUGCCCGCGAGCGCGGACGUGCCUUGUUUCUUAACUUCAUACUAUCACCAUGGGCAUGCUUAACAAAUGUCUGUGAAUAUAUUCCGCGAUAAUGGUAGUUCGCGAUCAUUAAUGGAAGUAAUCGAUUAGAUUAAAUUUUGAUCACAUGUAUCGUUUGCGUCACGCGCGUCGUGACUCGCACGCGUUUUGUCUUUUUUAGUAACGAUUAUGUGAAAGUAGUUUAUUAAUAUAGAAAUAUUUUUGAUGUCCGAUCUGUAUCGUGAAUUCGUAAGUGAACAAUGUAAUUGUGUAUUUUCGAUUUUCUAUUUUCUGACAGUCUCAUAGCUGAUUCACUCAUGACACUGGAAUUUUGAAGCAUUUACGCACUCUAAAAUUGAUGUAGCUAAUGAAGCAGUAGAUUUAGAAAUUGAAAAGUACCGAUACAGUAUCAUAGCAAAUAAUUACUAAAUUUUGUCAGUAGAAAUAUCCCAUAAUGUAAUAUCUGUCUUCGACGUGAUCUAUUAUUUGAAUGUGAAUUUACCAAUAAAAAUUAAGAAACAGAA